AUGGGGGAAAAUUUUCAUUCGGACUUGCUACUAAAGCCGACAUAUCCACAGGACUGGACUUCCGAUUUACAAUGGCCUCAUCAGCAUCCUCAACAGGGCCAUCUGUACUGCAUUGACGGUCUCAUGCGCCUCGUGACUAAUGGGGAAGAAACGCGAUAUGGCCUGAUAGCGUUUUGCGUAAAGCUCCCUCUUUUAAAGCUCAUUGGUAAAUGGUUCCAAUUUCUCCGAGUGAAUGUCAUUCGUGAUGGUCACAAGUCGGAGGCCGCAAAUUUACGAGACAUUGGGUUCAGAGCAAAAGGUGAAACAAGCAAUUCUAGUUAUUCACGAGACCUGCUAGUAAGUCAUGCUCCCUUGCCUACUGGACGUCUGGAAGGGAAGAUGGAAUCGGACAGAUUAGUACCCUGUUUUGUCAACAUUGCCAAUUGCCCAUUUGGCCUCUUCAUCAGUGCUUGGCUACGCCUCGAGGCGAGGAACCUACGGCCGCCGAGUCAGUAUCCCCAAGAUCGAGUACGGUCGCUUCUGCGGGUUGGUCGUCCCGAGGUUGGUUGGCUGUGGCUCAGUGAACGGCCAGUCAAACAAAAGCAAGACAAUGCCAGCGGAAUUGUAGCAGGUUCUGACGAAAACUUUGGAGCUGAUUUCGAAUUGCACAUUACCGUCAACCGACUGGCAAAGCUGGUCGAGAGGGACAACUUCACAGUGCAACACUUUCAUGUUUGGAGAGGCCAGGUAUGUUGA